AAAUCUUUAAAAUUUGAGGUUAACUAUUAAAAUUUAUGCAGUUGGCGGCGAGCACGUUAAUUGCCGUUGUUGAUUUCCGACGCUACAAAAGCGCAAACAAGCAGCUCAGUCGAACGCCUUGUAAAAAUCCAAAUCCCAUGGCUUGGCGCCUCUUACUUUGCAAAGACGCCCAACCCACAACCCUCAUUUCACCUUUCUUCCAAAACCCUAACUCUAGCCCCUUCUCUCUCGUCUUAACUUCUCAGUUCUCAACCUCCUUCCUCAUCACCAAAACCCCCAAAAAGUACAAGAAGAAACGCAAAAAAUCCGAAUCCCCGCGCACCAAACCCGUCCAGCACGCCUCAACCCGAAACCCCUGUUUCGAAUUCAUCGUCGAGCGCGAUGCUUGCUUCAGAUUCCUCACCAAAUCCAAGCAAUUCCUCUCCCAACAACCCGAGCACGUUCUGCGACUCGACGACGCUGGAAAGCUGUAUCGGGAGCUUGGCUUCCCACGUGGCCGCAAAGCUACCCGCUUUGUUCACCGCCACCCGCUCAUCUUCCAAACUUAUCGGCACACCGACAAUAAAAUGUGGUUCGGAUUCACGGGUUUCAUGGAGGAUUUGCUCGAGGAAGAAAAAUCGAUCAUGGAUUCUAUGGAGAGCGACCGUAUUAAUAAGGUCCGAAAGUUGUUGAUGAUGUCGAAGAAUAAUCAGAUUCCUUUGAGUAAGAUUCAUCAUUGCCGAUUAUUGUUUGGGAUUCCUGAUGAUUUUAGAGAUAGAGUGGUUAAAUAUCCAGAUUAUUUUAGAAUUGUGGUUGCGGAUGAUGGGAAAAGAAUGUUAGAAUUAGUGGAUUGGGACCCCAAAUUGGCAAUCAGUGAAUUGGAGAAAGAGUUCAUGGUCGAUGAGGAUAAGGUUAAAAACACAUUUAAAUUUCCAGUGAAGCACGCAAAGGAUUUGGAUUUGGACGAAGAGGAUACAAGGAAGAUGAAUUUGUUGAAUACUUUGCCACUGGUUUCGCCUUAUAGUGAUGGAAAGAGAUUAGAGCUUUGGAGUUUGGAGGCUGAGAAGUAUAGGAUUGGGGUUUUGCAUGAGUUUCUAAGCUUGACUUUGGAGAAAAGAGCUUCAAUACAUCAUAUUGUGGAGUUCAAGGAGGAAUUUUGCUUGACUAGACAUACAUAUGAUAUGCUUAAGAGGCAGCCCAGGACAUUUUAUCUUGCAGGGACAGAGAUGAACUGGGUUGUGUUUUUGAAAGAUGCUUAUGAUGAGAGUGGGAGUUUGGUAAAUAAGGAUCCACAGGUGCUUUUCAAUGAGAAGCUGUAUAAGUAUGCUCAAACGAAGGAUGGGGAAUUGGAUUCUAGUUUAGGAAGGAACUAGCAUGUUUGGCAUAAAAUAAAUAAGCCGUAUUUAGAUAUAUCUCCUUCCUGUCCAUGCAAUGUAUUUCAAAAUUGUUUAUUUUGGCAAAAGAAGCUUGUUAGAUUGGGUGCCAGCUUUGUUCACCUUUUUGGAAUGCUCAAAAAGAUUUUGCUUCUGGGUACGUAAUGGUUUGGAAAAUGAUCCUUAAGCAGUUUUAUUUUGUGAGGUAAGGAAUGAUUUGUUGAUAGAUAAGAACAAAAGAAGAUUCUCUUAAGAGUUGUUACUGAUGAUUUUCUGAUUCAAAA